UAGGGUUUAUGGACGUCAGUUCUGCUCGUUUCUGUCAAGGGUUUAGGUUAGAUUCUGCGAGAGACAUAUCAAACAGAGGACUUUGGCACAUCACGCUCUCUUCGCCUGAGCAGAGCUUGCGAGGCGUGCACGAGUGUUGCAGAUUUCCCCUUAAUCUUGCAAAUGGGAUAGGUGUUGAUGGUACGAGGCGACCAAGCGUCUGCGUUGAGUCGCCUUCGAAGAAUUUGGUCCAUGGUGGAGGCGUGAGGAUUGCUGUAGCAUUGGAUGAUUGCUUCCCGACUCGCUGAAAUUGAGGGCGUGAGUGGGGAAGUCUUAGACUAGAGAAUUAGUCUCGUGCAGCAGCUAUUCAGGUGAAUUUUUUAUCAACAUCUUGAGGAAAGAAGGACCAAAAUGGGAAAAAAGAAGACCAAGGGACCGGAGGUCAAGGGAAAACCAAAACAUUCACUCGAUGAAGGGAACAGAGAUAAUAAACCAGGCACUCGAAGCGCUGCCACCGUGCGCAGGCUGCACAUGUACAAGAACCGUCCCGUUCGUGAUAAAAAGGGAACGAAAUUGUAUCAGGAGUAUCAAUCGAAUGCGCUUCCUUCCACACGUAUCCAGCCAGAUCGGCGAUGGUUCGGCAACACCCGAGUUAUUGGGCAGAAGGAGUUGGAUACGUUCAGGGAAGAGAUGCGAACACGUGUAUCUGAUUCGUACACUGUUAUAUUGAAGGAUAAGAAAUUGCCUCUUUCAUUGCUCACUGAUAGCCAGAAGCAAUCUAGAGUUCACCUCUUGGAUACAGAGAAAUUUGAAGACACUUUCGGACCUAAGAAGAAAAGACGACGCCCAAAGCUUGCUGUCGACGACUAUGCUGGACUUGUCGAAAAGGUCGAUGCUGGGCAAGAUGCAUUUACCAAAGGUGGUGGAACUGGAAUGAUUCUGGGCGGUGAGGAUACUGAUGGGCUUCGCGAUGCUGCCCGACAUAGUAUGUUUGACAAGGGACAGAGUAAACGAAUAUGGGGAGAGCUUUACAAAGUGAUAGAUUCCUCUGACGUUGUUGUGGAGGUACUGGACGCCCGAGAUCCAGAAGGAACCAGAUGCCGUCAUUUGGAGAAACAUCUGAAAACGAACUGCAAACAUAAGCAUCUCAUCUUUUUACUGAACAAGUGCGAUUUAGUCCCAUCAUGGGUGACGAAAGGAUGGCUCCACACACUUUCCCGUGAAUUUCCUACUCUCGCAUUCCACGCCAGCGUCACGAACCCGUUUGGAAAGGGUUCUCUUCUAUCUCUUUUGAGGCAACUAUCUCACCUCAAAACUGAUAAGCAGGCCAUCUCUGUUGGAUUUGUUGGAUAUCCGAAUGUAGGCAAGUCCUCAGUGAUCAAUACACUUCGCACCAAGGCCGUCUGCAAAGUGGCACCGAUUCCUGGAGAAACUAAAGUCUGGCAGUACAUUACGCUUACCAAGAAAAUUUUUCUGAUCGAUUGCCCUGGAGUCGUCUACCAGAGCCACGACAACGAGACUGACAUAGUACUGAAGGGAGUGGUGCGUGUUGGGAAUCUGGCAGAUGCAACUGAGCACAUUGGCGAGGUUUUGUCGAGGGUAAAGAAGGACUAUCUUGUUCGAGCUUAUAAAGUGAAGGAGUGGACUAGUGAUGAAGACUUCCUCACCCAACUGUGCAAAGUGACGGGAAAGCUACUCAAGGGUGGAGAACCAGAUUUGAACACUGCAGCUAAAAUGGUUCUAUUCGACUGGCAGAGAGGUCGAAUUCCUUUUUUCACACCCCCUCCACAGAGACCUGAGGAAGAGGCCCCAACAAAGGACAUCCCAAGUAAUUUGUUGCAGAUCACAACCGGCAAUUCUGAAGAUCUACCAAAGGAGGAGAAAGAAGCCGCUGCCGUUAUUUUAGAUGUUGUCUCGAAGCAGAAAAUAAGAAAGGUGCCGGUUCAAAAGGACUUUUUCAACGCUGAGGAUGAGCCAAAUCAAGCGCUGGAGGUGGAAGAAGAUUACGGAAGUGACGAAGAUUUGGGUGACGGUGACGAGUCGGAGGGAGAAGAUGAAAAACCAGCCAUCGCUGAAUUGAAGGCUGAAAAGGAAGCGGACAGCGACGACGAAGAGAACGUAACCUGGGAAGAUGUUUUGAAGAGUGUACAGUCAGAAAUGGGAGGUAGUAGUGCUCCAGCUCUAGCUCCAGCAGAGCCGACAGUCACAGUUGAGACCGAGGAGGCUAAAAGGGCCGAUUCUGAUGUUAGUAAGCCUGUUUCCGAGUCGAAAUCUCUGCCACAUCCAGAGAAACGGAAAAGCGAGGGUAAAAAAUCUGGCUCUAAGAAGAAACGUAAGAGGUAGGUAGGCUCGUAAGUGCCCACGUGGACUUAAAUUUUUUCUGUACAGUAGUAAGUCAUUGAUUCUCUUGUAGUUUAAGCAUUUUGCUCGGGUUAGUGAAAUAAGAUCUCAAAUUCUUCAUAGUUCCUUGCUAGAGUAUCUUUUUAAUUCCGCCCAAUUUACAUCGCUAGUCUCGGUCCACAUUGGAUACAAAGUGGAUUAACUUGAGCAGUAGUUUGCUGGGCAAGCAAACCUUGUGGUGUGGUUGGAAACACGAUUUUUCACAUCUGGAUGGAACAGAACACGGAUUCUUGUGAUCAAACUCGCCCAUGUGUGCGCAAACUCGCGGGAUUGUUU